AUGAACAAUAAAUCAUAUAGACAAGAUGAAAGCCUCGUUGAACCUGAUUUAACUUAAGUAUAAUAGAUUGAUCAGGAUCCUUUUUUAUAGGAAGAAAUUCUUCCUUCAGAAAAUUAGGAGAUAGAUGUAUUAGAAGAAACAUAAAAUAUUACCUUCAACUUUACUAAUAUCAAGACUUUUAUGAUUGAAAUCCCAGAUUUUGCAAAAUUGUUCUCUUUAUAACGAUAUUACUAUUAAGAAUUAAAAUAAUUUCUUACAAGUUUAGAAUUGAAUUUUCAGAUUGUAAAAGAAGGGCUGAAAAUUCAAACAGAGGUAGAAGAUGAGCAUCACGAGGGGAUAUAAAAUGAAAUAAAUAAAUAUCUUAAAAUAAUAUACACAAAAAAAUUAGCUUUGGAUUAUGAUAGUUCGCGUACAUUUUUUCGGUCUAAUUAUAUUUAGAAAGAGUGUUAACAAUAAUAGUAUUUUAUUGUUAAAUAAAAAAAUUAUGAUUAAAAAAUAGAAAUUCAUUUGGUAAGCAAAAAUGAGAGUAUUGGUGUUGUUGCUUCAAAUUUGGAAUAAAAAUUAAAAGGCUUAAGAAUAUUUUUCUAAGAUGUUGUUAAUCAUAUGACUACUCCAAAAGUUAAUAUAGAUCACAAAACCUUACUUGGAACUUUAAGGCAGGUUUAUUUUCAAAAAAUUAUCUCUGAUGAUCUUGAGAAAUAGCUUCCAAAUAUAGAAUUCGUCGAUGUCAUUGACAAAAAAAAGACAUUCAGUUCUGCCAUACUUGGACUUCAUUUUCCUUUUGAUUUAUAAGGAAAAUCCUUACUAUGUUAAGAGAUUUUUUAGUAUAUUAAAAAAAGAAUUGAAUCUCUAUUAGUAAUAUUCAUAUCAUUUGAAAUACAAGUGGAUUAUUUGAAUUAGGCUAGAAAAAUUGAAAAUCAAAUCAAUAAUUUUAAAUAGGAAACUCGCUUUUUAUGUGUUUGCCAAGUUGAUUAAUCUCUAAAAGUUAUUGCAAUUUUGGGUACUCCUGAAAGCAUUAAAAUAAUUUUUAAUGAAUAAUUAAAACAGAGGGAGAAAGAAUUUAGCAAAGAAUUUUUUAAAACCUUCAAAGUAAAUAUUUUAUAGAAGAAUUUUGAUUUUAAUUCAACAUAAUAGAUGGGCACAUUUUAAUCUCAAAUCGUUGAGUUCGUAAAGAAAAAAAAGGAGAUAGAAAUAUUAAGUUAAGAAUAACUGUACUCACUGAAGUUCAUUACUAAAGUCUCAUUCGAAUCAUAUUGUACAUAUUUUAAUCAAUUAGGCAACUUAAUCACUUUUAUCUGUGAUAAGAAAAUUGGAUAAGCCACUGAAAAAGCAUUGAGCGAGGAUUUAAAAAAAAUCAAUUCUAAAAUAAAAGACUUCAAUCUUAAUGGAAAAUUUUUUACAUAAUUGGAAAAAAUUCCUGAUCGAAUUAAAAAUAUGAAUAUAGCAGUCUAGUAGAACCAAGAGUAGGCGAGGAAUCAAAAUCAGAAUUAGAAACAACAAUAAAAAGUAAUUGAAAAACCGAUUCCUUAAUAAAACCUCCCUUAAGUUCAAAAUCCUAUUAUUUAAUAAAAUUAAAAACAAUAACAAAUUAUUAAAAUUACAGACUCUAAGGAUGAAUAGUAAGAGUAGUUAGUUGAUUUGUUUGUGGGUAAACAUUAACAUUAUGAAAAUGUGAAAGAAGAAAAAAUAGUUUUUAAGGAUUUUAUUGUUUAAGAAAUUUUAGAUGGAAAUGGUAAAAUUAAAAUUAGCGAAGAAUAUGAUAAACAUUUUAAAAAAUUGACAAAUAACAAUUAGAACGUAGAAGUUGGUCACAUUUCCAUAACAGAAAAGCACCUUAUGUCAUUAAAAGCCUUUGAUAAGGAAAUAAAAAUAUAUCCAAAAGUUAACUAUAUUUAACGCCAACUUGAUGAAAUAAUUCUUUUAGUUUGGGUUAAUGGAAAUGCUGACAAAAAUAAGGAUGCUGAAAAUAUGGAAAUUUUUGGACAAAUAAACAAAUAAGAUGAAUUUUAUAUGGUGAAUUAAGAUAACUAAAUUCUUCCUAUUCACAAAAUUUAGAAGUGA